AUGCCCCGUCCGGGCUCAGGUCCGUACAUGCACCGAAGCGGCGGCGCAGGACUCGAUGGGGGAAGUGCAUUUGCAGUAAGGCAGGAGCUGGUCGCCACUUAG